AUAAAAUUCGCAGAUGAAAUUGAAUCCAAAGAUGAAACCGCAGAUGAAAUCGAAUCCAAAGAUGAAACUGCAGAUGAAAUCGAAUCCAAUAAUGAAACUGUGAGCGAAGAAGAUGAGGAAGAAAAUAAGGCCAAGACCAUGGAUAGUUGCAUAAUAAAGUCUGAAU